AGAGGGACUGGGAGGGUAAAGGAAUAAUCAGAUGAAAUAUCUUCGUCCUAAGUUUUUUUUUUUUUAUUGGGGAAGGGAGAUAAGCGAGACGGCUGUAUCGACGCGAGCAUGGCUUAUCUCCCCCUUACCGACGCUACGUCACAGCAGGCAACCAUCGAAACCGAAUCCCGUUUCGCGAUCCCUCCGUGGCUUGCUGUACCUACGCGACUGCGCGCGCACUGCCCCGCAUCCCCCCCAGCAUCGCGUGUAUGGUAGCAGCAGCAGCUGCAGCUGGGAACAGCACCAGCGGCUGACGCAUCGACUGCUGCGCAGUUGCCGCGUGUGCUGCGCGUGCAUGCUGUGGGUACGUGUUGUGUGCGCUAGUACUGUACGUCACCUGCACACCAGCGGAUGUGUUCUCUAAAAAACUCGUCAAACCUCGCGAGGACUGGUCGUUCUGCUGCUUCACUCCGCUGUUCCUUCGGAAACUAUUUUCUUUCUCUCUCUCCUUUCAUCGUCGAAGUGAGAUUUUACCUCUUCAAAGAAAAACUUUUUUUUUCGUAUGUGACGGCUUGCCGUAUGUCUGUGUUACCUUUUGUAUGCCGCCGUCAGGAACGAGAUUUUAUUUUCUUGUGAAGGUUGGAAUUAUGUGACAAAGUCGGCCAGAUCAUCUCGCACAAUCGGGAUCUCAAAACCAGCACUAUUUAACGGUCCCUACGAUCAAGGUGGGUCCACUACAGCAGUCAUGGCCACCAUCAUGAUGGACAUCCUGGUGGAAGGCGAGCGAGUGCCGGAUGAGAAGCUGGUGAGGGUGUCUCCUCUUCGCGAGUCCGGCUCCUCCUCCCAUUCCAGGUCUUCUUCCUUCAGGAACCGCCCGCGUCCCAAACUCUCCUUGGACAUCCAGGCUGCACAGAGACCUCGCACCAACUCCCUACCCAACACCCCGGCCUUUCUGCCUCUCCCUGCUCCAGACUGGAUGAAGGAAGGAGCCGGAGGAGGCAGUGGACUUUGUCGGGUGCGGUCCUUCAAGACCACCUCCAAAGGCAUCGUCAACAGCGGCGACUCCUUUAAACGCUCCACCCACAGCCUGGCGUCCAACGGGAGCAUCAGCAGCAUGGACCCUGACGCUCAUCAAGGAGGGACAUCAACGGUGACCCAAGCGGGUGGCAACGUCGUCCCCACUACUUUGUCGUCGCUGUCGUCAACGGGUGGCGGUGGCAUCAACCCCCGACGGGAAAGCUUAAACUCUGUGGAGAGCAGUGGCUUGACCCAGAGUGUGACCUCCUCCGUGACUAUCUCACACUACAGGGUUCUAAUGAUGGGAGCGCCGGGUGUCGGAAAGACAGCCUUGACCCGACAGUUUAUGACCUCUGAGUACAAGGGUACCUACGAAACGACCACACCGGAAAUAGAAGAAGAUGGAAUGUCGGUGUCCGUACUUCUCGAUGGUGAAGAAUCUGUCAUGGAUUUUCUGGACGAGGAGAUGCACCCUGACGGGGAGGGCGAGGACUUGUCUAUAGAUGCCUACGUUGUGGUCUUCUCUGUGACUGACGUCAGCACUUACAACUACGCCGUCUCCACCGUCCGGCGGCUCCGGGUGGAGAAAGGGGUGGACCGCGCCAUCAUCCUGGUGGGCAACAAGAUCGACUUGGCGCGCCAGCGCCGGGUCACCAAACACGAAGCCACGUCCUUGGCCUCUAAGUAUGACUGUCGCUAUACGGAAACGACGGCGGCGCUGAAUCAGCAUAUUGACGAGCUUCUCGUCGGCAUCCUCAGCCAAAUCCGCCAGAAGCUGCACCACCCGGACCUUUCGCGUCUCUCGCCGCCGGAGAGCUCCAAGCCUCGAUGUCGAUCCAAGUCUCCCGGCCGCGCCAUGUCUUUCUUUCAGAAGCUCUUUCGUCACGGAAGCGGCCGAAGCAAAACAAAGACCAGCGACACACUGUUUGUGAAGUAGCCAUAGCAACAUUUUAUCCCCUACCGCUGCCCCCCCCCAACACUGUUCCAAUGCGCAACUGCAUCCAUUUUGUCGGCACAGGAUCAGCCCACCAGCUGCAAAAUGGAAAUGUUUGUCCAUUCGUCCAUUUUGUGAUCUUUUGAUGGUUUCCCAAAGGCGUUUACAAGUCCAGAGGACAAAAACAAAGAUGACUAUUUUUGUUACAGGAACUUGUGAGAUCCAGUCUGUUGGAUGAUAAUGGUCACACGUUCCUCGAUGUGUUAGUGCAUCGAGAAAACAAUAGGAUGCUGUUGUCUUCUCAAAAUUUACUGGCGCCUGUCAUCGCUGUUUAUGGUUGCGACCUGAAAUCGCGAACAAUUUUCAACCUGUCGGAACAUGGCCACAUACACACAGCUUGGCCAAUUGCUUCCCCAAGCAACAUUUUGCAAAGUGGGAAUUUGCUAUUACAUCUGGUCAAACAUGGUGAGCAGAAGAAACCCCCAACUCACCUCUGUGUCACCCCAAAAGUGUUUCGUUCCUCCACAGCAAAAUUGGGACACGCCAUCUGUGCUUGCACAAUGGAGACUUGGCCAAGCUGUGGGAAGGUACAUCAAAUGUAAUUCUGAUCGCAAUAAAAAUCCCUUUUGUCAUAUGUGAACAUAUACUCACUUCAUCUGCGAAAAUGUAAAACAAGGAGGUCGACGGAUGGUGCGGGACUUAAUACUUUAGCCGCUGUUGACUACCUACCUCAAUCAAACUCUGGGAGUCAUUGCUGACAGACUAGACAGAACUAUCAACAUACAGAGGGCCGCUUGUGGUGUGCAGAACAAAAUCUGAAAGAAAAAUAAUUACUGCAAAAAAAAAAAUUAAAUAAAUAAAGGGAUAAAAACACCAAAAUCACAGAAACUUAAGCAAUAUUGCAAAUUCACCUAAUUAGUUUUUAAAGCUACACCCAUAAGACUUUUAUUUCAUAAUCUAUAACAGCAACUGCAAUAGUUUUCACUUAGCGAGAUUAGAAUAUUGAACAUAAUUCCAGGCUAUUGCUAAGUUUAUAUAUAUAUAUAAUCGAAUGUCGUUAGCCUUACAAAGACGUAGUAUGGGUUAAGAUCUUGAGAUAUAGGUAACCGAUUUUAAAAUCACGGUUUUUCUUACAAUAACGAACAUUGGAGUUUCUUCCCUUGUCUGUUAUUUUCCUGGCAUCCUCGUGUCAGCAGAUCUCACGCGCUAAUCCAGGUAAUACCAUCAAUAUUUCUAAAGCUAUCCAAAGGAUAAUUAGAUGAACUAUAUUAGUCCUCAGACAUCAAGCACCCUUCUUUUGGUGUCAAAAGGACCGCACACUUACUUGUAAACUAUUCCCAGCAUAGUUUCAUUGUCAUUUUCCCUGUAGUUCCAAAUUUUGUCAUCCGUCCAUUGUUCAGUCUUAAUUAAUGACAUUGCAAUAUUAAACUGGUAUGUUUGUUUAAAUACUAAUUAAAAGCGAAUGCUAAAGAAAUGGAUACUCUUUGUACACCUGCUGAUAAUUAACAAUGA